AUGAGUUUCAGGUGUGGUGUUGGGGGUGAAAGUUUCGGUGGUGUUGGGUUUGUUGUUGAUGGAGGUGGGUUUUCGAUAUGGGUGGUUGGUGGUGGGUGGAUUGCAAGGGAUUUGGGGGGUGGAUUUGUGGUGAGGUGUGGCAUUGGGGGUGGGGGUUUGGGUGGUGUUGGAUUGUUGUUGGUGGGGGGGGGUGUUGGGUGGUUUUUCAGGUGUGGCGUUGGGGGUGGGGGUUUUGGUGGUGUUUGGUUGUUGUUGGUGGAGUCUCCUUCUAACCUUCAAAAAAUGCAGCCUGAAACUGCAACAAAGUUCAGUUCAAUCAAACACAAACUGAGAUAUUCUCUUGUGGGUAAUCUCUGCAAAGCACUCUUAAUUUCAGGGCUAUUUCUGUAUUUGAUCUUCAUAUUUGUUUCCAACAAUCCCAACUACCCUGCUUCUGAAUUCUUCUCUCCCUUGAGACUCACAUGGCCUCUUCCAAAAUCAGAAAUUACAGACUCCACCACAAAUCUAAACCACCUUAUGUUUGGACUUGUUGGUUCUGUCGAUGCGUGGAGACACAGAAAAGCCUACAUAGAAUCAUGGUGGCGGCCCAACGCCACAAGGGGAUACCUGUAUUUAGACACAGCUCCCACAGAGGACCUUCUCCCAUGGCCGCCUUCUUCACCCCCUUUUCGGGUCUCGGAUGAUAACACAGAAUUACUAGAAAAGACCAAACAUGUAGCUCCAAUUAUGGUUCGGAUGGUGCAUGCCAUUUUGGAGGUUCUCAGAGAAGAGCAUGAAGGUAUGAGAUGGUUGGUAAUGGGGGAUGAUGACUCAAUUUUCUUUGUUGAUAACAUGGUGGAUGUUCUAGCCAAGUAUGAUCAUACUAAGUACAUAUAUAUUGGUGGACAUUCGGAGACUAUAAUGUCGAAUGUGUAUUUCGGGUUCAAUACGGGUUUUGGAGGAGCUGGAUUUGCCCUGAGUCACCCUUUAGCAGUAGCCUUGGCCAAAAACGUAGAAGAUUGCUUCAUGAGGUAUCCAUACUUGAGGUCUGCAGAUCAAAUUACCAUGACAUGUAUAGCAGAUAUUGGAGUUACUCUCACUGCAAACAAGGGUAUUCAUCAGAUUGAUCUACGUAAUGAUAUAUCAGGUUUUCUCUCAGCCCACCCACAAUCCCCUCUCCUCUCUCUCCACCACUUUGAUGCGGUGGAUCCCAUCUUCCCCUCCAAGGACCGUUUCGAAUCGACAAACCACCUCAUGAAAGCAGCAAAACAUGACCAGUCUCGUUUACUACAGCAGACCAUAUGCUACCACAAACAAAACAGUUGGUCCCUCUCCAUUUCCUGGGGAUAUUCUUCCUAUAUUUAUGAGACACUUAUACCCAAAAGCAUUCUCAAGAGACCCCUCGAAACGUUUCAGCCGUGGGUGUGGAAUGCAAACGCACCAUUUUAUAUGUUUGAUACUAGGGGACUUUCAAAUGAUCCAUGUGAAGCUCCACAUAGUUUUUUCUUUGAAUCUAUAGAGAAAACCAGAGGAGGAAUUAUUACCAGAUAUGUCAAAGCUUCACCUCGUGGAUUACCGGUUUGUUCUUCAAAUGGCAAUCACUCUGCUGAUCAUAUAUCCAAAGUUGAGGUCUAUUCAUCACCGACCAAGCUCAAUGAGCCUCAAGCUCGGUCGUUAAGGGCCAUACCCUCGAGUGAAAAAUAUCUGCACCUGGGCGAGACAAACUUUGCACUAGAAGAGCACUACACCCAAAAAGACCAAGAGAUAUGCCUUCCUUAG